AUGUUACGGCUUCACCUGCUACUUGUUGUUUCCGUGGUUCUCCUACGAGAUGAACAGCAUGCAGUAGGAGCAGUUGUGCGAACAGGUGGCAUUUGCAGCCUGCUUUGUGGACGUGAGCAGGACAGAGAACGUGGAAGUGUCAAUUUUAAGACACCAGGAGAGCGCAUCUUCCUUGGACUUUCAACGUUGUCCUCAUUUCCCAGAGAAAUGAUACCAAACAAUUUUCAUUCUUCUGGGGACAAGAUGUAUGGGUGUGGUGUCGAAAUUGAUGGCGCGGGGCUUUGUCAUCAUCCAAUUGCAUUUUAA